UUUUACUCCAUAGAUGCCACACACAAAGGAACUGAAUACCAAGAAGAGUCAAGCUGCAGGAUUCAUGCAGCUGUAGAGAGUGACCAUGUGACCCUCACCAGGAAGGAGCGGACAGUGAGUCAGAGAUCCGAGCUGCAGCGCAAUGUCUUGCAGACUUCUCACUCUGUGUCAGUACGAGACAAACAAACUGGUCCGAAUAAACAGCGUGAGACUCGGUUCGCUGAAAUGGACGCUGAACGUGGUGAUCUUAAUGUUCAUCUGUAUCAUGAUGCUGUGGAACAAGCAGUACCAGGAGUUGGACCCUGUUGUGAGCUCCGUCACGGCAAAGCUGAAGGGGGUGGCGCUGACCCAGGUUCCCGGGCUGGGGGAUGUAGUCUGGGACGUGGUGGACUACAGCGGUCCAGCUCAGGAAAAGAAUUCAUUCUUCGUGGUGACGAAUGUGAUAAUUACAAAGAACCAGAAGCAAGGAAAAUGUGCUGAGGUUCCUAGGGAGGACAAGGUCUGCCAGACGGAUAAAGAUUGUUCGAAAGGAGCCUGGGACCAGCAUAGCCAUGGAGUGCAGACGGGCGCCUGCGUGAAGUUUGACGUGAGGAGGAAGACCUGUGAGGUAUCGGCAUGGUGUCCUGUCGAAACUAGGAGCAAACCUCCCAGGCCAGCUCUCCUGGCAGCAGCAGAGAACUUCACCGUCCUCAUCAAGAAUAACAUCCGCUUCCCCGCCUUCAACUACGUCAGGAGGAACAUUCUCCCCCAGAUGAAUGACGCCUAUCUGAGAGGCUGCCACAGGGGGGAUGACGCCCUGUGUCCCAUCUUCCGUCUGGGCGACAUCGUUCACCAGGCCAGGGAGGACUUUGCAGUGCUAGCUGUGGAGGGGGGCGUGAUUGGCAUCCAGAUCAACUGGGACUGUAACCUGGACCGCCUCAUGGAGCGAUGCCUUCCUAAGUACUCCUUCAGACGGCUGGAUGAGAAAGAGAGCAACCGAACCCUCUACCCCGGCCUCAACUUCAGGUUUGCGCGGUACCACAGCGAGAACGGAGUAGAGAUGCGCACGCUGUACAAAGCGUUUGGAAUCCGCUUCGACGUCAUGGUGUUUGGAAAGGCAGGGAAAUUCAGUUUCAUUCAGCUAGUGGUCUACAUUGGAUCGACACUGUCGUACUACGCCCUGACGACCAUCUUUAUCGAUUGGCUGAUCGGGACCAGCUGUUACAAAAUGGAGGCCCGACAGAAUUACUCGGAGCGCAAGCUAUACCCAUGUCCUGGGUCCUUGUUCCAGUGCAUCCUCUCUGUGUCGUUCGUGGACGAGGACCAACUCCGCCUUGUCCGGAAGUCGCGGAAGAAGAGUCUGCAGAACGUCAAGCCCUUGUCUGUGCUCCCACGCAAGGAGAACAACGGAAGUCACCUCAGAGCCAUGCUGGAGCUGCCAAAGCAAGGCAGCACCCCAAAAUUGACCCCCAUCAACGGCCAUGGCUCCAAACCCUUGCCCCAGCGCGGGCCAGGUGAGCCGGCGUGGUGCCUGUGCGGUGGCUGCAGUUCCACUCCCCUCCACCAGGAGGAGCUGUGCUGCCGGAGGUCCAGGGGACCAUGUAUCACCUCCUCUCCUCUGUUUCAUCCCCUGGUGCUGAGCCGCCCCCUGCUGGAGGCUCUGCUGCGGUACCGGGACCCACUGGGUGACCCGGCCGGCUCCACCGACGCCCUCCGCCACUGUGCUUAUGAGCAGUACAUCGCCUGGAGGCUCGGGGUCCCGCCGGCCGACAGCCACCCGGUCGUCCCCCGCUGCUGUGUAGACAAGAUCAGGGCGGAGUUUCCCAGCUUGGACGGAGACUACCAGGGCUUCAGGCCCAGAUAACCCAGAUAACCCUGUUUAACCGGCUUCAGGCUCAGACAACACUGAUUAACUGCUAAAGACUAACACACAUUGGCCCGCUGAACAGCAGCAGUGAUUUCUGAUGCCCUAACAACACUAACACUAUGGAUUAUGGAGGGAUUUAAUAGAAACAAUCAAAUCUUUUCAAUUCAAUUUGCCUCAGUUUUAAAGAUGCUGAAUUGUAAAGACAAGAAGCCUGUGGUUGUGCUGGGCAGCUCCCAGUGUCCACCAGUUAAAGCCUGUGGUAGUGGGCAGCAUUCAGUAUCCACCAAUAGAAGACUAGUUGUACUGCGCAGCUCCAAAUUCUACCAGUAGAAGACUGGUUGUACUGGGCGCCUCAUUUGUGAGCCAACAAUCUGUAAUUAUCCUACUAGGUCACUCUCGUGAGGUAGAAUACAAUCGUUAAUGUGUUGUUUUAUCAUUUGGCAUGUUGGGCAUGCCUUUUGUGUGUGCAAGUGCGCUCAGCACAUGUUACAAUAUUCGGGCAACUAUCUACAGAAUUAUUGAAAGGCUUAUGUUAUUAAGGCCUUAAGGCCGUGUUAGGCUGAGCAGCCCGUUUUAGCUGGGAGACGGUGCUUGGUUUCAUCGACUAUAUCUGGUCAGUUCUGUCCUCCCUACAACCGAAAGGCCAUUUACCAUCUCUUACGCUUACUUCCCGUGAGCUUCAUAUGUCAGUUUACAUUUUCAGCUGCGAGAAGAAGAAGAACAAUGAUGGCAACGAUGAGGAGGAUGACUAUUGAGUUUUUUAAUAAUUUGGCAAAGCGAAGCAAGUCGUGGAAACAGAUAUCCCUCCCUUUCUUUUGAAUGAUAGGUUACCUAACACCUUCUCUGAACCUGAUAUGUCUCAUGACAUAUGAUACAUCCUCAUUAAAAAGCCACAAUUUGCCUCAAUUAUAUCCACUUAUUAGAUUUUACAUUUAUAAUGGCAUAAUGAAUCUACUAAGUUGAGUCUAAAACACAUUGUUACUUAAAACAUCUUUAUCUAUUAAAACAUUGGUUUUUUUAA